AUGGAUUCACCAAUAUCGGCGUUUGCGAUUUACAAAUCUACGAGACAAAAUACACCAAAACGAGAGAAAAGAAAGAGGAAAAAAGCGUCUGCAUCGACCAAACCGCUGCCCCCAAAUAUUAAUGAAAACACGAAAGACAUUGCUCAAAAAGUUAAGCGAAAACAGAAAAAAAUAAAGGUAGCCAAAAAUAUUACAAAAAAGAAAUUGCAUAAGAAAAAAAAGGCAAAGAAAGUCAGUCAGAAAAAGGACAGCGUCAACUCUGUACAAGAAGAACCGAAUAAUUCAGACGCUUCAAAAGUUGAAGAAAUUCCAGCACUGGUUCCAAUUUCGCCUCAUAAUGGAUUGAUUCUACCAAAUAGCGAUGAUGAAGUUUACUCGGUGUCAAGUGAUGGUGAUCUUGUGUUCUCUGCUGUAACAACUGACAGUUGUGAGGAAGGUCUGAAAAUAUUCCGAUGGAUGAUGGCUCCCUACAACUCUAAUGAUUUCUUCAAUAGUGUCUGGGAGAAGAAACCCUUACACAUAGCUAGGAAUAAACCUGAUUACUACAGUGACAUUAUCUCUACACCACUCAUUGAUAAAAUGUUACGAACUGAAAGUAUACAGUUCACUAAAAAUAUUGACAUCACCUCUUAUGUUGAUGGUAAACGGAAGACGCAUAACCCUGAAGGACGGGCUUACCCCCAUGUUGUGUGGGACUUCUAUUUGAAUGGUUGCAGCGUAAGAUUAUUAAAUCCACAAACGUAUAUGUCUAAAUUGCACCUUCUGAAUGCAACACUACAGGAAUAUUUCAACUCAUUUGUUGGUGCAAAUGCUUACCUAACACCACCAGACAGCCAAGGCUUUGCACCACAUUAUGAUGAUAUAGAAGCAUUCAUAUUGCAGGCUGAAGGUAAAAAGCAUUGGCGGAUAUAUAAGCCUAGGGAAGAGAGUGAAAUUUUGCCACGGACAUCAUCGAAAAAUUUUUCUGAUGAUGAAAUUGGAGAACCAAUUUUAGAAGUGACACUGAAUGCUGGUGAUAUGCUUUACUUUCCCCGUGGAUAUAUUCAUCAAGGAGUAACAAUUGAUGGGGAACAUUCGCUACACGUCACAGUUAGUAUGUACCAGAAACAUUCUUGGGCUGAUCUAUUUGAAAAAAUGGUUCCUGCUGCUCUACAAAUUGCCAUCAAUGAAAAUGUGGACUUUAGACAAGGACUCCCAUUAGAUAUCUAUGAUAAUUUUGGUCUAGUUCACUCAGAUGCCCGCACACCGAGGAAAACAGAAAUUGAAGAGUACAUAAAAAAUCUUUUCUAUAAAAUCAAAAACCAUUUACCUAUAGAAGAAGCUGUAGAUCAGAUGAGCAAAAAUUACCAGCAUGAUGCCCUACCUCCAGUUCUCACGGAUGAAGAAAAAUCAUGCACUGUGUAUGGAGACAGUGAUGUAAUGACUGAAAAUGGUAAAGUUAUAAAUAGAGCAGAAAUGGGCCUUGAUACAAAGAUCAGGUUACUUCGUAAAAAUAUAUUACGAAUGGUUUCAGAGGAUUCUAUAAAGUUAUAUUAUUAUACUGAGAAUUCAUUGGAGUAUCGUGGAAAUGAUCUGACAUUCCUAGAAAUUGAGGAAGAAUUGGCACCAGCCAUAGAAACAUUGAUAAAGUCUUAUCCAGAAUAUGUUGCUGUGGAGGAUCUUGACACACCACAUGACACUGAUAAAAUACAAAUAGCUGAUGCUUUGUGGGGUAGAGGUUUGGUUAUAACAUCAUACCCAUUAGAAACUCUUAGAGAUGAU